AUAAGUCAUUUGACAACGCUAGUUUUCGAUAUGAGAGAACUAUGGCUUCCUCCUUGAUUAAGUGGUUAAGAGGAUUUAAUUUUUUUUUCUUAAUAUGUCUCCUGUCCGUAUCGGCUUUUUUGAAUUUAGAAGAAUUAAAUGAAAUGAAAUAUGGAAUACAGAUUCUGCCCGAUCCUGUUAUUAUGGGGCAGUUGGAAGAUGCGAUGUUGGUUUCUAACAAAUACAAGCAGCUGUAUGAAUGUCGGUUGCCUGCUCAGGCAGUGCGCUUCCAUCAGGACCCGGUGUCGGAGCCUGACGUGCAGGGCUACAGCGGCCCAGGAGUCCCUGAGCUCCUCAUGCCCAUGCAGACUGCAACCUGCUUGGUUAAGACCAAAGACUGGUGGACAUAUGAGUUCUGCUACGGCCAGCACAUUAGGCAAUACCACUUAGAAGAUUCAGAGAUCAAGGGAGAUGUGCUCUUUUUGGGAUAUUAUGAUUCUGAGUUUGACUGGACCAAUGAAACUGCCAAGGCCUCUAAGCAGCAUAAACUUAAAAGGUAUCACAGUCAGUCAUAUGUCAAUGGCUCCAAAUGUGAACUGAACGGCAACCCCAGAGAGACAGAAGUCAGAUUUGUGUGCGAGGAGGGCUCAAGUGACUUUAUUGCACGGGUGGAUGAACCUCAGUCCUGUCGCUACGUCUUGACAGUGCACACAUCUCGCACAUGCCAGCACCCGCUCCUGCGCCCACCUUCCACUGCAAAGCCACAAGGCAUUGUGUGCCAACCUGCUCUAAGUGCCCAGCAGUACAUGGACUAUGUCAAGUCUCAAGUCUCUGACACUAAACGUAAAGUGGAGCAGAUCUCAGAGGAGCUCAGGAACCUAGAUGAAAUUCUGUCAAAAGAUGACGAGAACAAGGGAUUGCAGGAUGACAAAACAGAUGAGGAUACUGCAGUCGUUUCAGAUGAGACAACAGUUCCAGGGUCAGAGACCAAAGAGGCUGAGGCAGCUGAGGGGGAUUCGGUGAGUGAAGAGGCAGAGGACAAGGACUUCUGGGAGGGUGUUACCAAACCAGCCAGCACAGAGUCAAGCACACCCGACUCCGAGAGCCCUCAGGAGCCUCAGGACAGUAAAUUGCACAAGAAUGACAUAUUUGGGGAAGAAAAGUUUAAUUUCAAAAUCAUCACUGACCCUGCAGACCUGAUGAAGUUUGUACAACACCUCAAAGAGAGUAAUCAAAAGAACAGGAAUGCCGAGCUUGAAAAAGAGAGCCAGAAAUCAUCUCAGAAGAGAGAGGAGGAGGAAAAAGAACAGGGAACAGCAGGAAGGGAAGUGGAGGUGGAGAUAAAGGAAGGGGAUGAGAGAUUACUGCAGGAGUUUGAGGAUGAGGUGGCAGAUCUGUCUGUUCCCUCCAAGAUAGAAGAGAGAAAAGAAGAGAUGCAGAAAGAGUUUGACAACAUCAUAGAGGAAGCUCAGGAGGAGUUAGAGAAUGAAGGUCUUAAGGGAGAGUUUGAUCACUCUCAGGCUACGCAAACUCUAGAGAACACACUCGGAAAACUACUGGACCGUCUUGAAGACAAGACCGGACAUGAAAGUGAUCCAGAAACAGAAGAAAAUACAGAAAUGUAUAAAAACACACACUCUCCGCAACAGAAAGAGGGAGGCCCUUCCCCUGGCAGCCCAAACGUGGUUCCCAAAACACCAGCCCAAGCGGGCAGCAGUGGCGAGCAGGUAAAAGUCAGGGUGACCAAGUAUAAUGUGGGCGGAGGUGUGGCUACAGGAGCAGUUGCCAGGGGCAACAAUGAUGAGGGGGGUGUGAAGGUGAAGGAACUGGGCGAGGGUGACCCCCAGUGGCAGCAGAUUCAGGAAGUGGUCAAAGAACAGCUAGAGAGAGCUGGCAUCAAGGCCGAAGGAAAGAUCGAGGUGAAGAUUUUAACCCAUAAAACAGCAGAGGAAGCAGGAGACCAGUGGCUCUCUGAGGAGGAUACAAAAUCAUUUAGAGAGCUUCUCAUCAACCUUUUGACGGGAGGCACAGAGGAGAUAUAUAAAGAGCAGAAGAGACAACAAGAGUUGGAGAAUAACUACAGAUUUGUGUGGGGAGAGAAACAGGAUGACAGCCAAUCCACAGGAAACAGUGAUUCUGAUGAAACAGACUUUUGAGCCUUCUCUUGUUUUUGACUUGGGACAAAGAGACAGCCAGCAUUUUUUUAAACUCUGCACUAAGAGCUGAUGGGCCCCUGAUUGUAUUCUUUUAGUUAUUGUCAUUUUGGUUAAUGUUGCAUUCCCACCAAACUGCUUUCUUGGACGUUUUGGUCAUGAGAACCCUAGGAGUGGUUCAACCCUUUGCCAUGAACUCUGAUUAUCCUUUGAACAUCUGUGAGUUGUUUAUGUCCUGCCUGUUUCCGUUUUGUUUUUCUUAACGAAUAUAAAAAUGACUUUCAUUUGGUGUAGAUAUUUCACAUUCAUGUUGCAGUUAUGUUGGGGAACCUGCCGAUACUCCCUAAACAUAAACUAACAUUGGGGGGGGGGUGCGUGCGUGCGUGCGUGCGUGUGCGUGCUUUUUAUGUUGAAACACUUUACAAUAAGGUUCCAUUUGUUAACAAGAUUAGAUAACAUGAACUAACAAUGAACAAUACUUUUACAGCAUUUAUGAAUCUUUUGGUUAAAGUUAAUUAGAACAUAUACAACUUUUGAUUUUAUAAAUGUAUUAGUAUAUUUUAACAAUGCACAAUGAACUAAAAAUGAACAAUUGCAUUUGGUUAAUAAAUGAUUAACAAAGAUUAAUAAAUGCUGUAAAGAAUAACUUGUUAAUUGUUAGUUAAUGAAACCUAAUGCAUUAACUUAUGUUAACAAAUGGAACUUACUGUAAAAUGUUACCUUUGUCCGUUUUACACAGGAUAUGAAACAGACUUGCCUCUAAUGAUAAGAGGGAUUUAAUGCAGGCAUAGUAUGGUAGUAGUCAUCCUAAUGUAAAUUAAAGCAGUGAUAGGAACUCAAUCUUUUGACGCCAUUUACUUUCUGGCACUUAAAUGAUUUAAUUUGGAAUUUGGAUUUCUAGUAAAAAAAAAUUCUGAUGUGCAUUUUUUGGUUAGCAGAACAUUUUUGUGAACAUUUUGGCCACUUUGAAGGCUCAUUUCUCUUGCAAACACAAUUUGAUAUGAUGGCAAAUAGUGAGCCUAGCCCUUGACUGUAGGCAUUGUAAUCUUCAGUCAUGUUUUUAACAAGACUUUAAAGAACUUCUCUCUGAUCCCAUCAAUAUCAAUUUAUAAGGAGUAGACUUUACUUGUACCUUGUUCCAAAACUGUUGCCCAACUAAUACAAAUCCACUACAUUUCCAAAAGAGAAAAGGGCUAUUUUUGUUGUAAACUUUUUUGAAUGGUUACACUUUGGUAGAUUGUAAAUAAUGUUGCUGCAACAUCUGAAUUGUCUGUUGAUAAUUUAAAGCAUACUUUUGAUAUUUUAAUGUAAGCACACUUGUCCUCUUUGUGAAAAGAUGGGAGUGGUAAAUCUGC